CACAUAGUACACAAAAACCCUAAACAACAACACAAUAAUGAAACAAUGAAAUGAGCACCUGCAUGGCCCCCAGUUACUGUGAUAAUUUUGUCCUCCACUCCAUGCAACUUGCUCAUUCACAGUCAUCCUUCCAUUUAGUUUCGUCUUCUUCAAAUAUAGUUGGUUUGAUGUAUCGAUUCUUACCCUUUCCCUACCCUCUGUCUCUCUGAAUUCCCCCCCAUAACUCUGUUUUCUGUAGUGACUUUUUCUAGCGCCUAGGCUGUAAUCAACAAAUCUGGGCCCCAGGAUGGGGAUGUUCAAGAAGCAGCAGAAGGAGGAAAGGGAAGAAACAGAGCAGCCUCUCCUCCUUCCUCCUUCUUCUUCAUCAUCAUCAUCAUCUUCUUCUUCUCAGGAUCAUGUUGGUGAUCGAGAUUCCACUCUCACUCCAACCUUUCUUCUCAGCAUCUUAGCAGUUGCUUGUGGCUGCUUCGCCACUGGUUGCACUAUAGGAUAUACUUCUCCUGUUGAGUACCAAAUCAUAGGGGAAUUGGGUCUCUCAGUUGAUGAGUACUCUGUUUUCGGGUCAAUGAUGGUUGUUGGAGGACUGGCGGGUUCACUAGUCGGUGGGAAGAUUACAGAACUCAGUGGAAGGAGACGUGUAAGGAUGAUUACUACCUUGAAUUGUCACACAAUGAUGGGUUUGGAUGGACUGUUCAUAGGUGGAUGGUUGACAAUUGCAUCUGCAAAGGGUGCUCCACAGCUUUACUUUGGGAUGCUCUUGAUUGGAAUGGCAGCACCCAUCAAUCUUUAUCUGGCCCCUAUUUAUGUUGCAGAGAUCACACCCAGCAACCUAAGGGGAACAGUAGUCUCAGUCACUCAGCUGAUAAUGUUUUGCAGCAUUUCAUUCGCAUACCUUUUGGGGUCAUUGAUCAACUGGCGUGCUUUGGCACUAAUAGGAGCAAUUCCAUGUCUAGUGCAGCUGCUUCUUACUAUGUUCAUCAUCCCUGAGUCUCCAAGGUGGUUGGCUAAAACUGGGAAGAAAAAGGAGUUUGAGGCUGCCCUGCUGCAGCUUAGAGGAGGAAAUGCUGAUAUCUCUUGGGAAGUUGAUGAAAUCAAGGAAUAUAUAGAGACCAUCAACAGCAUCUCUUCUAAGGACAGCAGCUUCCUGGAUAUGUUCCAGAGACAGUAUGCAAUUCCUUUGAUAGUUGGAAAUGGCUUGCUGGUGUUGCAGCAAUUCUCAGGGAUGAACUCAUACAAUAUGUAUACUGAUGUCAUCUUUGUUUCUGCAGGAAUCCCUAGCACUGCUGGGUUCUUGGCAGUGGCAUCUUUCCAGAUUGUGGGAGCAUUUUUGGCUGCUACAAUGAUGGAUAGAUAUGGCAGAAGACCUCUUUUACAGGCUGGAGUUAUUGGAACAUGCCUUGGGAGCUUGCUUACUACACUGUCAUUCAUCCUCCAGGGCUUUGAGGGAUGGAGUAGAAUGACUCCAACAUUGGCACUCCUAAGUGUAAUGAUAUACGAGGGAGCGAUUGCUGUCUGGAGUGGAAUUCCAUGGAUGAUUGUAGCAGAGCUAUUUCCUCUGAGCAUCAAAGGAUCAGCAGGGACAAUGUGUUGCCUAUCCUACAAUAUAUCUUCACUCAUGGUUUCAUUGACCUUUCAAUCUUUGCUUCAGUGGAACCCUCCAGGUGCGAGUGCUGUGGCAAUAGGAUUCGCAGUCAAAUUGGUUCCUGAAACUAGAGGGAAAACCCUUGAAGAAAUCCAAUCCUCUUUCACCCACAAGAUGGGAAUGACCAAGAAGCAGGAAAGGGAAGAAACCAGCUGCAGCAAUGGGGAAGAAGGAAGAACACAGGCACAGCAGCCUCUCCUCCUUCCUCCUUCUCAGGGCCAUGAUGGCGGCGGUCGAGAUUCCCCUCUCACUCCAACUUUUCUUCUCAGCAUCCUGGCAGUUGCUUGUGGAAGCUUCUCCGCUGGAUGCACUAUAGGAUAUACUUCCCCUGUUGAGUACCAAAUCAUUGAGGAAUUGGGUCUCUCAGUUGAUGAGUACUCUGUUUUCGGGUCAAUGAUGGUUGUUGGAGGACUGAUGGGUUCUAUAGUCGGUGGGAAGAUUACAGAACUCAUUGGAAGGAAACGUACAAUGUUGGGUCUGGAUGGACUGUUCAUAGUUGGAUGGUUGACAAUUGCAUUUGCAGAGGGUGCUCUACAGCUUGACUUAGGGAUGCUCUUGAUUGGAACUGGAGCAUCCAUCAAUAUUUACCUGGCCCCUAUGUAUGUUGCAGAGAUCACACCCAACAAUCGAAGGGGAGCAGCGGUGUCAGUCACUCAGCUGACGAUGCUUUGCAGCAUUUCAUUUGCAUUCCUUGUGGGUUCAUUGAUCAGCUGGCGUGCCUUGGCUAUGAUAGGAGCAACUCCAUGUUUUGUGCAACUGCUUCUUGCUAUCUUCUUCAUCCCUGAGUCCCCUAGGUGGUUGGCUAAAACUGGGAAGGAGAAGGAGUUUGAAGCUGCCCUGCUGCAGCUUAGAGGGGGAAAUGUUGAUAUCUCUUGGGAAGUUGAUGAAAUCAAGGAAUAUACCAAAAUCAUCCAUGGCAUCUCUAAGAACAGCAGCAUAUUGGAUAUGUUCCAGAAACAGUAUGCAAUUCCUUUGAUAGUUGGAAAUGGGUUACUGCUGCUGCAGCAAUUCUCAGGGAUGAACUCAUAUGCAAUGUAUACUGCUGCCAUCUUUGUCUCUGCAGGAAUCCCUAGCACUGUUGGGUUCUUGGCAGUGGCAUCUUUCCAGCUUGUGGCAACAUUUAUGGCUGCUGCUUUGAUGGAUAGAUAUGGCAGAAGACCUCUUUUACAGGUUGGAGUUAUUGGAACAUGCCUUGGGAGCUUGCUUACUGCACUGUCAUUCAUCCUACAGGGAUUCGAGGGAUGGAGUAGAGUGUCUCCAACUUUGGCACUGCUAAGUGUAAUGAUAUAUUCGGGAUCUAUUUCCAUUUGGAGUGGAAUUCCAUGGAUGAUUGUAGCAGAGAUAUUUCCUCUGAAUAUCAAAGGAUCAGCAGGGACAAUGUGUUGUCUAUCCUCCAGCAUAUCUGGACUCAUGGUGUCGGUUUCUUUCCAGUCUUUGCUCCGAUGGAGCCCUCUAGGUACAUUUCUUAUGUAUGCAAGUGUCAGUGCUGUGGCGAUAGGGUUUGUAGCCAAGUUGGUUCCUGAAACUAGAGGGAAAACACUUGAAGAAAUCCAAUCCUCUUUCUCUCGCGAGUAAACAAAGUAACAAACACCCCAAUUUACAGUUUGUAGCAUUUGUAUCAUCUUAAGCCACAAAAUCCUUUUAUGAGGUUGGGAAGUAGAUUCCUCACCCCCCCUAAACUAUGGAAAAGCUAUAGUCAGAGCGAUAAUUUUUCUGACCUUGAUAGAAUUAUUCCAUGAAGGAAAGUAAGUUUUUUUUUUAAUAAUAAAUUUCACAGGAAGAAUACCUUACACGCC